AUGAAAGCGGUCAGUCCCGUCCGCCACCCCAGCAGGAAGGCACAGGCGGGCUGCUGCGGGGGCGCUGGAGGAGGCGGCGGAGGAGGAGGAGGUGGCGGAGGCGGGCAGUUGGCUCUGCGCUGCCUGGCCGAACACGGCUGCAAGGGGGCCCCGUCGGGCGAGGAGCCGGCGUCGCUGUGCCUGCAGUGCGAUAUGAAUGACUGUUACAGCCGGCUGCGGAAGCUAGUGCCCACCAUCCCGCCCAAUAAGCGGGUCAGCAAAGUGGAGAUCCUGCAGCAUGUCAUCGACUACAUCCUCGACCUGCAGCUGGCUCUGGAGACGCACCCGGCUCUACUCAGGCAGCAGCAACAGCAGCCACCUCCGCUGCACCCGGGGAGCUGUCCCGCAGCCACCCCCCGGACCCCGCUUACAGCCCUCAACACCGACCCGGCUGGCGCUGUUAACAAGCAGGGGGACAGUAUUCUGUGCCGCUGA